CAGGAUCACAGUUUCCGUGACGUCCGCCGGCGACAGAGAGGACGUAAACGCAGCACGUAAAACAAAACAGAUGGGAGCAGGAGGACGUCAGCCGAGUAGCUAGCAGCCCGAGGCGGACAGGAGCCCACACAUUUCCCCGAGAAGACCGAGGAGAAGAGACACAAGCGACCAAUCUCCUAGACGGCCCUAGUUAGUUCGCUCCCAGAUUAAACAGGUUGUUCAGUCAAUUUGGGGGGAAAAAAAACUCUCCGGACAAUCGACAUUUCUUUGACAAAGAAGCCCUCUGACAGACUGGUGACCUAUCCAGGGUGUCCCCUGCCUUCGCCCGAGUCAGCUGGGAUAGACUCCGGCACCCCCGCGACCCUAGUGAGGAUAAAGCGGUGUAUAGAGAAUGGAUGGACGGAUAUUUUUGGACUGUGGGAGGAAGCCGGAGCAAAAAUAAAACAGGCAGGUCAGCUCACCAGGUUGCAGACAAAGCUAUGGCCCAGGAGACCAAUCAGAGCCCGGUUCCUAUGCUCUGUGCCACCGGCUGUGGUUUCUAUGGCAACCCCAGGACUAAUGGCAUGUGCUCUGUGUGCCACAAGGAGCACCUAUCGAGACAGAACAAUGGAGGAGUCGGUUCUCUGAGCGCCGUGGGCGGCAGCAGCAGCCCCACAUCUGAGGCUUCUGCCAUCCAGAGGUUAGAGGCCACGCUGAACAAUGCCGCGGCCGCUGCAGUCGCUGCUGCAGAGGUGGCAGCUGAGGCCGCCGCCGCCUCGGCCGACGCUGCUGCCGUCACCGAGGCUCUCAGUGGAAUUUCAACUGCCAUAUCAGUAACACAGCAGAUGACAGAGAUGAGUCUGUCCUCUGAGGAGAAAGAAGCAUCAGGAAGCAAAGCAGAGCUCGCAGAGCCAGUGGUGACUCAGCCCACCGUCUCGACCCCUCACCCCUCCACUGCUGGCAGUGAAGAGUCCAAAUCCCCAGAGCCCCCGAAGCCCAAGAAGAACCGCUGCUUCAUGUGUCGCAAGAAGGUUGGCUUUACAGGUUUCGACUGCCGCUGUGGGAAUCUGUUCUGUGGACUCCACCGUUACUCCGAUAAGCACAACUGUCCGUACGACUACAAAGCCGAAGCUGCCGCCAAGAUCCGCAAAGAGAACCCCGUCGUGGUGGCCGACAAGAUCCAGAGAAUAUGAGGAGGACUGUGAACACCGAGAGGCUUUCAGACGUGGACUUGAGCCCGACCUUCUCCCUGAAGGAUCUGUUUUUGUUUUUCGUUCCUUCGUUACACAUUCAGGAUGGGUUUUUUUCCCUCCACAGUGCAUGAAAAGUUCACAUCUAUUUUCAGCUUUCAUUCUUGUUUGUGUGUGAGUUUUUUGUUUUUUUGCAGGGGUGUGUUGAACAAAGAAAUGCUGUAUGAGAGGAUGAAGGUGAUGGGAGGCGAAGGAAAAAAAAAAAAGAUGAGUCUGUUUCCUCCUGAAAUCGCUUGAGCUCUGUUUGGGGGGGGGGGAGAAAAGGGCUUGGACUCUUGGAGCCUGUUUGGAAACUGUUCCUGCUGUCGGCUGACGGCGAAAUCUCGGCCGUGCUUGCUCUCUGCUGGCUUGAGUAGCAAAAAAAAUGGAUAUCUUGCUUUGUUUUUGUGUUUGGCCUCAACUCCUGGAGGUUUUUAUCGAUCUGAAAAUGCUUCUCUGUGCCACCGGAAUCACAGCUCAGACUUGUUGCUAGACUCUAAGGAAAAAGUUGUUGUUUUUUGACUUUUUCCUCUGCCGCUGAUGACGCUGUGGCUCUCUGCUCUGGAUGGACCGCCUGUGGACUCCGUUUUCUUUAUCUUUUCGGUCUUCAAAACCCGUCCAUCGAGGAACACAUCGCCCGGCUGUUUUCCAGCAUUAUUUUGCUUUUCCUUUUGUUCUCCAGAGAAGUGGCGUGUUGUUGUACGACGAGUAGCCUUUGGAAGGGUUUAGCUCCACUAACAUGUUUGUCUUUUACUUCACUAUUGAAUGUUUUCUUCUGUUUUUAAUGUGACUUUGGUGGUUCCGCGGCGUUGGCAGCGCUGCGUGUCAUACGAGGCUAACGGUUUGUGCUGCGGUGACUUAGUGAGACCAGUAGGUUAUUGAUAAUUUUACCUUUUUUUUUUUUUUGUUGAUUUUGUUUCUUUUUCCUUUUUUUGUUUUGGUCUGGCUGCUUAAUCUGUGUGUUUUUUGUUUUCUACCCUUUAGUUAUGCAAGUUUGUACAAACCUCUUUAUUUAUAUACUGCAGUGCGCGUAAUCUUCCAAUAAAACAGAAUAAAUUGUACAACGUAAAUAAAUUAUGUUCACAAAUAUACCAUAAGGGGUUCAUGGCCCUUCAUCUGAUGCCGCUGUCUUCCAGUUCAGUCCAAACUAUAAGCUUGGGUGUACAAAUAACUCAAAUAUCCUGAGAAAAAUGCGAAUAGAAGAGACAAAAUCUUAGUGUUUAAUGCACAUUUUCCUGCUAAUUGUUGGAACAUUUCUUGUUUACUUCUCUUCCGUGGAUGAGUUUGGUUACUGAUCUAUUUCUCUGGUCAUUGAUCAAACUCAGAAAUUCAACUCUUUGUAUCAAAUUUGCACAGUCCCUGGGUGGGAUCUUGAAAUGAUUUGCAACAGAUAAAUGAGAUGAGCCUUUAUUGAUCCAACAACAAUUUCAGCAGCAGAAGAGGUCAGCAGACGUGUAAGAACAUCAGUAGAAAGUGAAAAUAUACGUAAAUACUGUUGGUAUUGCACAGAUGUCGUCAUACAUGGACAUUCAGACGUUGCACAGCUUCCUCUGGAAAAUUACAUUAUUGCAUGUAUAGAAAGAAAACGAAACAGAAAACACGUUCUUCUAAAUGACUCAGCAAAAAGGAAAUGCUACAUACACCACCGUUCCAAAGUUUGGGGUCACUCAGAAAUGUCCUUAUUUUUGAAAGAAAAGCACUUUUUCUUUCGAUGAAGAUGACAUUAAAUGAAUCAGAAAUCCAGGCUAAAAUUUACUCCAAUUGUGGGGGGGGGGGAACAACCAGGUUUUUGAGUGGAAUUUUUGGGUGGAAUGAAAAGUUUUGUAGGCAUGUUAAGCAUCUGGGACAGUGAAAAUCUUUUUUUAAAAAGUCAAUAGCUCUAUAGAUAAUGUAAAUGUGUGGAUUAUAAAUGCAUAAGAACUGGCAGCAAUGCAGCAUUAAACUAAAAUAUUCCGCCAAUUUGAAAACACAAACUUGCUUUUUGAGUGGAAUUUUUUGGGAAGGAUGAAAUGUUUGUUACUCUUUAUUUUGAGAAAAGUUUAGUUAGAUUGUAUAGAUAUUAGGGAUCUUGACAAGACAGAGAAAAUGUCCAGAUAAUAUGAAUAUACACUACCAUUCAGAAAUUUGGGGUAAUUUAGAGAUGUCAUCAUUUUUUCUGCCGUGGCAACAAAAAAAAAAAGGUGGGCCUUUUUGAUGGAAACAUUCAUAAUUAAAGGAUGCAGUUUGAUUUAAAAUGUUGCUUUUCGCUGUGCAAAGACAGUUAAGUGCUUAGAAAUGCCCUUAUUUUGAAAGAAAAGCAUUUUUUUUCAAUGAAAACAUUAAAUGAAUCAGAAAUACAGUCUCGAUAUUAAUGUAGUAAAUGACUGUUCUAGCUGGAAACGGCUGAUUUUAAUGGAAUAUCUAAAAAAACCAAGUUUGUACGAGUAAUUUUUCUUCAAAAUGCACAUUUUAUUUACUUCACUGUGGAUUUAACCUCCCUUGUGAGCAUUUACCACUUUAAAACCGAUGCUUAAACGCCAGAGAUGUGGAGUCACAUCAUGGAAACGUUGGUGUUUUUCCACUACAGGACCAAAGUGUUACUCAGUGUGUAGCUGCCAAUAAAGGUUCUCCUUUGGGUUCCUUUGGGUUCCACCAAUUG